GCUUUCAGUUAUUUGAUCACUUUCGCUCAGUGAACAACUGGAAUAUUAAGUCGUAAACAUGAAAUUCAUUCUAACCAUCGGACUAUUGAUUGCCACUAUUUUGGCUCAAUCGUACGCUCAGCACGAACAUCAUGAUGAUGAUUCCCAUCCAUGUGCUCAGCCAUUAUACAAGUUGAACGAUAAUAAAGUGGGUUGUUUAGCUGAUAUAAAAAAAUGGUAUCAUAAUCAUGCUAGCGGAAAAUGUGAAGAAUUCUCAUUCGAUGGCUGCCCUGAACACAAAAAUGACAAUCACUUUGAAACCGAGGAAGAAUGUAAUAAAACUUGUGAUGAAUGGCAUGCACAACAUAAGGAUCAUCAUCAUCAAGAAGAACAUGGAGAUUGUAAACACGGCCAUGACCACGCUAAACAUAACCACGAUGCACACGACCACGGCAAACAUCAUCAUUAAAACCUUCGUGGAUAAUUACAAUUUGUCAAAUAAUCUAUAACAUCACUUGAAUGAUUGAUUUCUUCUUUGAACAAAGGAACAAUGUGAUUUAUUUGAGAAAUACAUGAAUAAAGAAAAUUUAUCAAUAA